GGAAGAAUAUUCUCCAGAUUACUCCUGGUUCAUAAAAAAAAAGUGUGGAAGUUCUGCAUUCAGAAGAUGAGGUUGUGUCUCCCACUCUGCGUCCUCUACCUGUUGGCUGCUGUUGGCUACAGUCAGCUUCCAGGGCCUCCUGGUCCCAGAGGACCAAAGGGAGAGAAUGGAGAAAUUGGUCCUGCUGGACGCGCUGGACCCAUUGGAUCUCCUGGACCCACUGGAUUUCCUGGACCCGCUGGACGCCCUGGACCCACUGGAUUUACUGGAGCCCCGGGAUUCCCAGGAGCCACUGGACCUGCUGUAAUGUGUGGACGAGAUCUACUUGAUUUUGUUGACAAGGACCUCGAUGCCUUAAAGAAAAGCUUUUCAAAGCUGGAGCUGGCUGUAACCUACGACUUUGUCCGUAAAGCUGGUCAGAAAUACUUUGUGUCAAACAAGAAGAAAGGCUCUUUCUCCCAGGCCAUCGAGUUCUGCUCCCAACAAGACCUAGAGUUGGCUUUGCCGAAGAACGAGAAGGAGAACAGCGCACUGACUCAUUUCUUUGGUGAAAUGGACAAAAUGGUCUGGAUCAAUGUCAACAAUAAAAAAGCAGUGGGUCAUUUUCAGACAGAUAUGAAAAAAAGUGCUUUGAAUUUCACCAAAUGGGGAGAAGGGCAGACAGACACAUCUGUCAGAGAGACAGGCUGCACCAUGCUGUCAGAAAACGGUGUCUGGCGAGUGUCAAACGAAUGCUCUCUGAAUGCUUACAUCAUUUGCCAGAUAUAAAAAUGCCUUAUAACCCUUACAAGUACUGUUUUUAUUUGGGGGUGGGUGGGGGGAGCACUUGCACUCAA